AUGGCCCAGUUUGCCAAUAGAGUUCGACAAGUUGAACGGUUGAAAGCUGAAAAAGUAAGAACUACAAAGUUCAGCAAAAAGAAAACAUCUUAUGUCAAAGUCAACAACAUAGGAAACUCAUCCGACUCAGAAUAUGAGUGUGUAGAGGAAAAUGAGGUCAAUGUGGCCGAACUAAAGUCAGGGCGUCUAUAUACAUGCAAGUUGCUACAACCCUCAAACGGGAAGAAUCCCAUAGAGCCUAAAAACAAAAACAAAAAUCCUAGUACAUAUACAUUUGACAUUACUAAGUGUGACAAAAAAUUUGAUCUUUUGGUGACUUAUGGAGAAAUUGUUGUCCCAAAAGGGACUAAAGUCCCUCUGCUAGAACAGAGAAAGAAAAAAGGUUUUUGUAAAUUCCAAAGUUUUUUGGAUCAUAAUACUUCUCAAUGUGUACUUUUCAGGGACCCGGUGCAAAAUGCUCUGAAGGAUGGCAAACUCAAGUUUGCUGACAAACAGAAGCCACACACGAAGGAGGAUAAUGAAACAAAAAAUGAUGUUUUCUUUGUCGAACUAGUGGACAUUAUGGUUGUCGACACUAUCACCAGUACUGGGGGAUAA